UUAGAGGCGUGGCCGCUCCCAGAGUUGCUCGGCUAGUCAUGGCGUCCUGGGCCGGAGGGGUUCGGGCAGUGCUGCUGGAUGUUAGCGGGGUGCUGUAUGACAGCGGGGGCCCGGAGGGGGGCGCCGCCAUCCCCGGCUCUGUGCAGGCGGUGGACAGGAUUCGGCAGGCUGGCCUAAAGUUACGCUUUUGCACAAACGAGUCGCAGGCCACACGGAGCCAGUUUGUCCAUAAACUGCAGCGAUUUGGCUUCAACAUCUCCGCAGAAGAAGUUACUGCUCCUGGCCCUGCAGCAAAAAGGCUGAUGCAAGAACGUGGACUGAGGCCACAUUUGCUGAUCCAUGAUGAUCUCCUCCCGGAGUUUGACUCCAUCGAUAAGUCUGAGCCCAAUUGUGUUGUGAUUGGAGACGCAGCCGAGAACUUUUCCUAUCAGAAUGUAAAUCGAGCAUUUAAUGCGCUAAUCGGCCUAGAGAAACCCGUUCUCAUAUCUCUAGGAAAAGGACGUUAUUAUAAAGAAACCGAUGGAUUGAAAUUAGACGUAGGUGCCUACAUGAAAGCUCUGGAGUACGCCUGUGAUGUCACGGCUGAGGUUGUGGGAAAGCCAUCAAAUAAUUUUUUCAUGUCUGCCUUGGAUGAGAUGGGAGUGAAGCCAGAUGAGGCUGUCAUGAUCGGGGACGAUGUGGUUAAUGACAUUGGAGGUGCUCAGAGCUGUGGUAUACGAGCGGUACUCGUGAGAACUGGAAAGUACAGGCCUAGUGAUGAAACCCAUCCUCAAGUGACUGCUGAUGGAUACGUGGACAACUUGGCCCAUGCUGUGGACAUCCUACUGGCUUCUAAAGGGGCUGGUCACUGACCCACUGACAACUUAUUUCCUAGCAUUACUGCCUCUAUAUGGCUUCAGAAGUCACCUCUGGAGGAUACCAUUAGGACUAAUAAUUUUAUACUUGAAUAAACAAAGCCUUGUAUGUCACAGAACUAAUAGGAUACUUGAAUGGAGGUACAGUACAAAUAAAUGUAAUAG